AGUAAAGUGGCAUAAAAGUGCAGACAGGACAACGCAGCAUGUGAGUUUUAGGUUUUAAAAAAGUUUGCUUUAGCUUUAUCAUGAGUGCUGGUUCUUAUAUGAAAUGUGACACUGGAGACUCCAGGAAGGAUAAUGUGAGAGAAGACGACACAGAGGGUGAGCAGUCAGCAACAGAGGUCUCUCUCGAGGAGCUGGUGGAGGUUUUACAUACGGCUCCUCACUCCUGUCGCCAUGGAGACGAAGUGUUGCCCAACCUUUACCUGGGUGACAUGGUCAUGUCUCAUGACAAGUUCGGACUGUGGACGCUGGGAAUCACUCACGUGCUGAAUGCAUCACAUGGUAAACUGUGCUGUAAAGGCAGCGACGACUUCUACGGAACUACGGUGAAAUACUACGGUGUUCCAGCCAAUGACCUACCCACAUUUGAACUUUCACCUUUCUUCUACCCCGCUGCUGCUUUCAUUGACCAGGCUGUGACGUCUGGAGGAAGAGUACUGGUGCACUGUGCUGUGGGUGUGAGUCGCUCAGCCACGUUGGUCCUUGCCUACCUGAUGAUUCACCAUCACCUCAGUCUCCUGUCUGCCAUACAAUGUGUGCAGAAGAAGCGCUGGAUCUUUCCAAACAGAGGUUUCCUGCAGCAGCUUUUGUGCCUCCAACAAAACCUGCAGCGCAACGGAGAGACGGUACCAAAAUAAAAGUUCGUAGAAUACUG